CGGGCCUCGCGGCUAGCUUCCGUUCCGCCUGUGCCCCACCGGCCGGAGCCAUUUUUCCAAGCUUAAAAGGGACGGCCGAGGACUUUGAAUUUUAAAACCACGCUCCCCGUCCAGCAGCUCGCUCACUCUCCGGUCGAUCGCUCUCUCGCCAGGCCGAGCCACACCGCCACUUGCCACGAUAUUUCCUCGCUCGCCCGCUCCUUCCACCGAUCGCCUGCACCACAAGCCGGCCGGCCGGCAGCGCGCUCGGUCUCCCAUGCGCUGCCUUUGACCACCAGAGCUCCACAAGUCCGCACCCCGCACAUGGCGUGAGAGGGUGGGCUAGCUGCUACUAGCUGAUAAGUCCAAGAAGUCCAAGCUCGUGCACGUCGAGGCUUGCGUGCGUGCGUGCCUGCAGAGUUCGCGGGGAGAAGGAGAGAACCGAUGGCCGCGCAGGAGGGCGCCGCGGGGACGACGAACCAGGUGGAGAGGGUGCGGUACGGCGACGUCGACGACAGCAACUUCGCGCUGCGCGGCCGCGCGGUGCCGCUGCUGGCCGGCCUGCUCGCCCUCCUCGUCGCCUUCGUCGCCGUCUGCCUCUACCUCCGCUGGGCGUGCAGCCGCCGCCGCGCCCGCCGCGACGCCGACCGCGAUGCCUCGUCCUCGUCCGCCGCGGCGUCGCCCGUGCCCGGCCUCGACGCCGACGCCAUCAAUGGGCUGCUCGUCACGCUCUACAGCCCGCCCGCCUCCUCGCCGGCGCGCUCCCCUUCUCGGCACAAGGGCGACGGUGGAGACGAGGAGGAGCAGGCGGCGGCUGUGGAGUGCUCGAUCUGCAUCAGCGCGCUGGUGGCCGGGGACAAGGUGAAGGCGCUCCCUCCCUGCGGCCACUGCUUCCACCCGGAGUGCGUCGACGCCUGGCUCCGCUCCCAGCCCAGCUGCCCGCUCUGCCGCACGCUCCUCCUCCCCGCCGCCGCCGUCGCCAAGCCGGUCGACGUUGUCAACGGAGGCGCCCCGCCGCCGGUGUGACUCGUGAGCCAGAAGACAACGUGCUCGCACGCCAACUCACCGAAGCAUGACAAGGAGGCCCCACCUGUAAGCCACUUACUGCUAUCUUCACCGCAAGAAAGCCCGUCCUGGUUUAACAACAGAGCCAAAUGACCAAUGUGGCUAGCUAACUGGCCCCGGCCCCCGGCGAGGUGCGUCAUCGCCGGCCGGAAAGGCAGGGCCAGCUGUGCCAUGGCACCACGGGAGCCGUUCUUUCGCAGGCCGGCCGGCCGGCGUGGGGUCGCGUCGUCUCUCCGGCCACUUUUCUACCUUAAAUUUUCCGUUCAAGCCCCCAAAGGGAAGGACAGCGGUGUAGGCUGUACAUUAAACUAUCUAUCGCCAAGAGUAUUGUAGCACCGUCACUGCGUACGCGGUGGCAGCUCAGUGGUGCCCGGGCUAAUGGCAUCUCGAUGUGUACGUAGUUUAACAGCACUGAUCGCCUUUAUUUUAAGUCCCAGGAUCUAUCUGCUUGUCACCAUCCUGAUCGCGUUUGCGUAUAGUAAUCUGCGCUUUUGGGGCAGCUCCCGUAA